CGCCCCGCCCCGGUUCCGCCCCCCAGCGGUUCCUCCCCGCGCCCCCCGUUGGCUCCGCGUGCGCGGCCGUUGCGCCCCGGGCCGCCCUCGCUGUCGCCGCUCAGUUCGCGACAUGGCGCGGCCGCUGGCGCUCCUGCUGCUGCUGCCGGUUCUGCUCGCCGGGCUCCUCUCGUGUCCCGGAGCCAUGGCCAGCUACCCGCCUGACUGCUCCAGGUAUGCAAAGUAUGCGUGUCCAAGGGACUACCAUCCAGUUUGUGGCACUGAUGGAGAGACCUAUGGAAAUGAGUGUGUUCUCUGCCUUGCUAACAGAGAAGAUAACACAAAUAUACAAAUUCUCCGAAGGGGACAUUGCUGAUAUGAGAGAUGGCCACUUGUCAAGAAAAUAAGAGGGUCACAGACAAUCCAAAUGGAAGCAAUGCCUUAAUUGUACCUUUUAUGUAGCCUUAAUAAACAAGCUUGCAUAUUUAAAGUAUGUUUACUAUAUUAAAACCAGUGGUUGUAAACAUAUCCACAGUACAGUUAUAACCUGAACCCUGAUUUAUUUUCUUACUAAAGAUGGAAAGAGGUGUCCUGACUCUGUAGCAGUAGGUCAGUUGUCCAGAGAAGGGAUUGAGUGUACCAAGGAAGGAA